CGUUCGCUCCUCCUGUCAGCUCCGGUCCGCACCCACCGCCCGAGGUCCGCGGCGCCCCGCCCAGUGGGUGGAGUGUGAGGCGGGGAGGUCGCUCGACUCUGCCUGCGCUGUGGCCUCCUGCGGAGCCGCUCAGACUUUCUCUGCCGGCCCAUGGACCUGGCCCAACCCUCACCGCCAGUAGACGAGCUGGAGCUCUCGGUGCUCGAGCGGCAGCCAGAAGAGCACACGCCUCUCAAUGGUGCCGACAAGGUCUUCCCUUCUUUGGACGAGGAGGCCCCCCCGACCGAGGCUAACAAGGAAAGCCCCUGGAGCUCCUGUAAUAAGAAUGUGGUUGGAAGGUGCAAACUGUGGAUGAUCAUCACCUCCAUUUUCCUAGGUCUCAUUAUAGUGAUCAUCAUAGGCUUAUGUCUUGCUGCAGUAACUUAUGUUGAUGAAGAUGAAAAUGAAAUACUUGAAUUAUCAUCAAAUAAAACAUUCUUCGUCAUGCUAAAGAUUCCAGAGGAGUGUGUUGCUGAAGAGGAAUUGCCUCACCUGCUCACCGAAAGGCUCACAGAUGUGUACAGUACAUCGCCCUCUCUGAGUCGUUAUUUUACUUCAGUUGAAAUAGUGGACUUCAGUGGUGAAAAUGCCACAGUAACGUACGACCUGCAAUUUGGGGUUCCAUCAGAUGAUGAAAAUUUUAUGAAGUAUAUGAUGAGUGAGGAGUUGGUGCUGGGCAUUUUGCUACAGGAUUUCCAUGAUCAGAAUAUACCUGGUUGUGAGAGUCUGGGGCUUGAUCCAGCAUCCCUCUUGCUCUAUGAAUGAAGUGAUGGAGGCUGGUCUGUGUCUGAAAGCAGUGCUCCACCAAGUCCUGGAGAUGAACGGAAUUCACUCUGUUUUGCAGAAAAGAUUCUGUGGAUUAAUACAGAAGCACCAGCAACAACCAGAGGGGUGGAGACUCGUUUCUCUCCCGAUUCUGCAGUCUGGCUCCAAGCCCAGUAAAACAGCUCCCGAGCACUGCUUCAGCUGGGUCCAGUCUUGACAAAGGCAGGAAGCCAGCUAGGGUGGGGGCGAUAGGGUCAGCGGGUAUGUCCCACUGUGGGAGGUCACUAGUAUUCUGUUUGUUUUUGUUUUGUUUUGUUUUGUUUUGUUUUUUGAGACAGGGUCUCGUUCUGUCGCUUAGGCUGGAGUGCGGUGGUGUGAUCAUGGCUCACUGCUAUUCUUGAAGCACUCCACCCACCUGGGCUACUUUUUCUUUAGUGCAGAGGUGCACUGCCUUCUUUUAGGUGGGAUGGCAUAAGCAUGAGCUGGUAGAGCAGGGAGAGGCAGGCAGCCAGGUUAGGGAGACUAAGCCAAUUAUUCACUGAAAUCACCCUCCUCCCGUCCCACCAUUCGAUUUGAUCUACCUCUAAGCCAGGCUGUGAAGAAAAGAAAGGCACUUUAGAAGACCUCAGCAGUGUGGUUCUGUGUCUGCUUCCAUGACCUGUACCUGAGUGUCUUAGCCAACCAGCCUCAGGCACACCACCAAGGUUACUUUGAAAUCUAUGUAUAUAGCUAGUUACAGACGGGAGCUAUGUGUUUCUUCAUUAUUUUGCAGCUCCUCAUUGUUCCUGUGAUUCCUGAACACCCUUUUUGGAAAUAUGGGUCCCUGUGAGUUUUGAGCACACUACUAUCACUUUGGAUAGUCACUCCAUUUAUAUUUUUAUAAACUUCCAUUAGAGAAUCAUUAAGGCUGUUUAACAUCUGCUCUGGAUGUUAUGCAUUGGCUUUUUGUUGCCCAGUGUUGCAAACCUUCCUGUAGGACUCAGUAGUGUCUUCAGGCAAUGAUUGUGUAUCCUGUUACAGAAGGUUGUGAUACAGGAAGAACCACUCUUUGAAAAUAAACUGUUGGAAGCUUUUGCCAGCUAUUUGGGGGGUAGGAGGAAUAUUAGUGAGUGUAUUGGUUGUCUACAGAUACAGAAUUGCCUGUUGUGAGGGAACCGAUUGUUUGUUUUGUUGGGAAAAGAAAUUUACCAGGAGAAAGAGUUUUGUGCUGUAUCGUGAGAGAUCUCAUCUCUCAGUUAAAUCAGCCCUGGGUUAAAGUUAGUGUGAAGGGCAGCUGUGUGCGGGCACAAGCUAGAGUGUCUGCCUCAGAUUAGAUUUGACUUGAGUUCUUUAUUAUCCAGGACUCUGGAUAAUGUGAAUUUGCUUUCUUAUUUAACUAGAAGAUACAUGUACUAUAGAUCAUGGUCUCAUUUUAGUGAUUGUUCCUUGAACUAGUGAAACUAGUGGAUUUCUCUUCUUCUUUAUUUUUUACAUAUCAGAUGUGAACCUUAGUGUAUUUGUAUUUUGUAGAAAAUAAUGAAAAAUUUUAAUGGAGAAUGAUUUAAAAACAUUUACAAUAAAUUAUUUUUGCAUCUUC